AUGGAAGACCACGAGGCUAACGACGCCGAAGCAUCUUUCAAGCCCCAUCUCCCUUCCGGCGGUGCUAGUCUAGUAGACCCACUUGAUACAACCCACCCGACUGAGGUCGUCGAGCAGCAUAUCACCACAGAAGUCAACAACCAAUGUGUACAAUCGACAGAAGUGGCGGCUAACGACUUGUCGUCACAAGAUCAAAGGGAGCAGCUGCCAGCUUCCGAAGAGAUCCCUACAGACGUGUCGGCAACAACCGAUACCGCUGAGCGCCCAUCGAACGUGCCCGGUAGCUCUGUCUCGCACGUUUCCCUCAGCGAUGCGGCGUACACAGAAGCCGCAAGUCGUGACGCCGACGUCUCUUGCCUCGCGCAGCCUGGAUCGACAGCAGAAGGAGAAGCAGAGGCACGAGAGCUUCCCACCACGCAAUCUUUACCAGAGCAAGAAACUCGCCAGAUCAUUGUUGACAACGCAGCCACUGAACCACCAGCAGACAUCGCAGUGCAGCCAACUCCUGCUCCUCCGGAGGCUUCGAGUUCCCGCGCUAGCAUGGUCAGGACUCGUCGCUCCUCUUCGGUCUCAACUACGGCCACAGCUGCCACCACAGUGCAUUCGCGGUCCAGCCUCAAGAGCUUGAACAAGGGCAGUGCCGUCUUCGUCAUCGGCGCGCUCGAGACCAUCGCCAGCGCAAAGGAAGCCAAGAAAGACAAGGAGCUCAAAGAUGCCGCCAACGUUGCUCUGGACAUGGUCAAGGCUGCAGCCGCUUACACGGCUUCAUCGCAAUCAGCCGAUCAAGAACAGCCUGUCUUGGAUCCUCGUGUCGUCUUUGAGCCACUUCGUCUAGCAUGCAGAACGCGAAGCAACAACCUCAUCAUCGUCAGUCUCGACUGCAUUGGCAAGCUCGUCAGCUACGCCUUUUUUGCCGAGGAUGAUCCAAUCCAAGUUGCAAGCGCCAUCAUUGCUGCCGGUCAGCCACCACAAACACUUGCUGAUCUCGUCACCGAGACAGUUUGCGAUUGCUAUCACGAGAAUUUGGACGACAAGGUGGCAUUGCAGAUCAUCAAGGCUCUUCUCGCUUCAGUGCUCUCGACCACCGUACAUGUGCACCAGUCCAGUUUGCUCAAGGCAGUGCGUACUGUUUACAACAUUUUUCUCAUGAGCAAGUCGGCCGCCAAUCAGGCUAUCGCUCAGGGGAGUCUGACACAGAUGGUUCAUCAUGUCUUUGCACGCGUCCCUCGCGCCGCCACACCCGCCUCCGGUGCCGUAUCCAUGUCCCGCAGCACCUCCAACAUGACGCAAUCACAGUCCAACGGGCACACAGAUGCACCCAAGGGCGAGACAGCUCUGCAACCCAACGACAACGCAGCCGACACGACUGGACAGCACGACGUGGACAAUGCAGACGGCUCAGAUUCUGUUGCAGCUGACACCACGGAAAAGAUCACGCUCCAGACCUUUGAGGACCGCAAGUCGUUCGAGGGUGCAUCAGAGCGCGACAAUGCCGGCAGCCUCGCCAACAUGAGCACGGCGGAGCUCUUUGUUAAGGACGCAUUCCUCGUGUUGCGCGCGCUGUGCAAACUCACAAUGAAGCCUCUCGGUGCGGAGAGCGAGCGCGACAUCAAGUCGCAUGCUAUGCGUUCCAAGCUGCUCUCGCUCCACCUCAUCCUCACCAUUAUUCAGUCGCACAUGGCCAUCUUCACCGACCCCAGCGUCAUCAUCCACAGUACCACCACUGGCGAGCAAACCCAGUUCGUUCAGGCGGUCAAGCAGUAUCUGUGCCUCAGCCUCAGCCGAAACGCCGUAUCGAGCGUCAACCAGGUCUUUGAGAUUAGCUGCGAGAUCUUUUGGCUCAUCCUCGACGGCAUGCGUACCAAGCUGAAAAAGGAGAUUGAAGUGUUGCUCAACGAGAUCUUCCUGCCCAUCUUGGAGAUGCGCACAUCCACGGCCAGACAAAAGUCCAUCUUGCUUGGCGUAAUGAUACGCCUGUGUCAAGACCCACAAGCCUUGGUGGAAAUCUACCUCAACUAUGAUUGCGACAGAACGGCGUUGGACAACAUCUACGAGCGAUUGAUGAAUGUCAUUUCCAAGAUCUCGCAGACACACGUCUCGCCCUCUGUGGACGGAAAGGGUGACAAGGACGCUGCGUCAGCUACCACGUCUGGCACUGUAUUGCCCAAAGCAAAUGGAUCUGGACCGGCAAUCCCGCCCACGCUUAGCACUGCUGCGGCUAGCGAGACUUCGCACGACUCAGUCCCGUCUUCGUUCGGUGGUAAUCAGUCGGUUGAGGCGCGCCUGAAACGACAAAGCCUUGACUGUCUCUGUUCGGUGCUGCGUUCGCUUGUAGUGUGGUCCAGUCGCGGUCCAGUCUCGUCGGAAGCAGCGGGUCACUACCUCGGCGGUCACCCUGGCGACAGCACCAGCUCGCCCCGUGCGAGCGAGGACAUUCGUGUCGGUAACGAGACCAUCACCGUCGACAGUGAGAACCUCAUGGAAACGAGUCCAGCUGUUGGAUCCCAAGGCUCCCCCUCCAACCUCGGUGCUGGAAUUGCAUCCGAGAUCAGCCGCGGCCAUACACCCGAGCCCCAAGACGAUCCCAGCCGAUUCGAAAACGCCAAGCAGCGCAAAACGAUCCUCCUCGAAGCCAUUCGCAAAUUCAACUUCAAGCCCAAGCGCGGCAUCGACGACCUCAUCAAGAACAACUUUAUCCGCUCGCGCGAGCCUGCCGACAUUGCACGCUUCUUGCUCUAUGCCGACGGUCUCAGUAAAGCGCAGAUUGGCGAGUUCUUGGGCGAAGGUACGCCAGAAAGCAAUGCGAUCAUGCACGCCUUUGUCGAUAUGAUGAACUUCGAGGGCCUCGGAUUCACCGACGCGCUUCGAAGGUUCUUGCAGGCGUUCCGAUUGCCAGGAGAGUCGCAGAAAAUCGAUCGGUACAUGCUCAAGUUUGCUGAACGUUUCAUCCACGGCAACCCGGAUGCGUUUGCCAAUGCAGACACGGCCUACGUCUUUGCCUACUCGGUUAUCAUGCUCAACACGGAUGCGCACAAUCCGCAGGUCAAGCACAGGAUGACUUUCAAGGACUUUGUCAAGAACAAUUCCGGGAUUGACGAUGGCAAGAGUCUGCCCGAAGAAUACUUGCGCUCGGUCUUUGAUGAAAUCCAGACCAACGAGAUCAAGAUGAAGGAUGAGGUGGCUACGCCUGCACCUGUAACGCCUUCGUCGGGGUUGGCGAAUGCGAUUGCAACAGUGGGACGAGAUCUGCAGCGCGAGGCGUACGUGUUACAGUCCGAGGGGAUGGCGAAUAAGACAGAGGCACUGUUCCGUACCAUGGUUCGUGCACAGCGCCGUAUCGGACCGCAGCAACGCGCCGCUGCAGCACAGUUCUUCUCCGCUUCGCACUUUGAGCAUGUCAAGCCCAUGUUCGAGGUUGCCUGGAUGCCGUUCCUCGCCGGUAUUUCUGGACCGAUGCAGGAAUCCGACGACGCUGAGGUGGUCGAAAAGUGUCUCGAGGGUUUCCGCGACGCCAUCAAGAUCGUCUCGCUGUUUGGCCUCGAGCUCGAACGGAACGCUUUUGUGACAACGCUGGCUAAAUUUACCUUCCUCAACAACUUGGGCGAGAUGAAAAGCAAGAACGUCGAAGCGAUCAAGACACUGCUAGGCGUCGCGCACAGCGAGGGCAACUACCUCAAAGGCAGCUGGCGCGAGGUUCUGACAUGUGUCAGUCAGCUGGAGCGAUUCCAGCUCAUCAGUGGUGGUAUGGAUGGUCGACAGCUCCCCGAUCUGGGAAGGAGAAGUACCGCUUCGGCCAACGCCGCUUCCGGAGCUGCCAACAGCCGACUUCGACAGCCAUCCCUGCCUAACAGUGAGGUGGUGCAGGCAGGCGCAUCGUCGGAAGUUACUGUCGCGGCGGAUAUGGUGUUCUCUUCUAGCGCUUCACUUUCGGGUACAGCCAUCGUCGACUUUGUCCAGGCGCUGUCUGAUGUCUCUUGGGAAGAGAUUCAGUCAUCAGGUUUGACCGAGUAUCCGCGCAUGUUUUCGCUGCAGAAGCUCGUUGAAAUCUCCUACUACAACAUGGGUCGAAUCCGCAUGGAAUGGUCCAACAUCUGGUCCAUUCUCGGCGAGCACUUCAACAUGGUCUGUUGUCACCCCAACGUCCAUGUCUCUGCUUUUGGACUCGACUCGCUCCGGCAGCUUGCGAUGCGCUUCUUGGAAAAAGAAGAGUUGCCGCAUUUCAAGUUCCAAAAGGAUUUCCUCAAGCCGUUUGAAAUCACAAUGCAGCGUAACAGGAAUUUGGAGGCCAAGGAGAUGGUGCUGCAGUGCUUGGAGCAGAUGAUCCAGUCGAGAGUGGACAACAUUCGUUCUGGAUGGAGGACGAUGUUUGGCGUUUUUGGUGCUGCAUCUGUGGCGCCUUCCGAGAGGGUUUCAGCUUACGCAUUUGACCUGGUUCGGCAGCUCAACGCUAAGCACUUGGGUGCAAUCAUCGUCAAUGGAUCUUUUGCGGAUCUGUGCAUCUGCGCAACGCAGUUCGCUAAAGCAAGCAAGCAAAAGAUCAGCUUGCAGGCGACCGAGCUUCUUCGCGGUCUGGUCGCAUCGAUGCUCAGCGCCAAAGAAUGUCCGAUCGAGGAAGGUGGUGAUCCGGGACCGGCGGCUAGCACGCCCAUGUCGGACGAUCCGAUGGUUCGGUUCUGGUUCCCUGUCUUGUUUGCGUUCCACGACAUCAUUAUGACCGGCGACGACCUCGAAGUGCGACGUGUCGCGCUCGACAGUCUCUUUUCUAUCCUCAAGCAAUACGGACGUUCCUUCCGACCCGAUUUUUGGGACACGGUGUGUCAAGAGAUCCUCUUCCCCAUCUUUGCCGUUCUCCGCUCUCGCCAGGACGUGACUCGCUUCUCCUCGCACGAAGACAUGUCGGUCUGGCUCAGCACGACGCUCAUUCAAGCACUGCGCAACUUGGUGGAUCUCUGGACGUUCUACUUUGAAACGCUCGAGAGGCUUUUGCCGGGACUGUUGGAUCUGCUGUGCGCAUGCAUCUGCCAGGAGAAUGAUACGUUGGCGAGGAUCGGUACGAGCUGUUUGCAAGGCUUGUUGGAGAAGAACGUGCGCAAGUUGAGUGUGGACAAGUGGGGGAUGGUGGUGGAUACGUUUUUGCAGUUGUUCAGGACUACGACGGCGCAUCAGCUGUUUGAUCCCUUGUUGAGGGCGGAUGGGUCGAGUGCGGGCGGUGGAGGUGCGCCGACUGACUCGCCACAGGACGUAGUGGCAGAUGGCGCUCAGCUGGCGGAUGGUGUACAAGGACCAGGUGCGGUUUUCCCUGGACCUAGCUCGCAACAGCUGCCUGAAGGGGAGACGCAGCCUUCGACCACAGCCGCGACCGUCCAGCCAAUGUCGAGCUCGGAUCGACGUCGAGCAUUCAAGCAGAUCAUUGUCAAAUGCGUCCUCCAACUGCUUCUGAUCGAAACGACGCACGAACUGCUGCAAAAUCAAGAGGUCUACCAGACCAUGCCGGCGGCUCAACUGCUUCGACUCACAUCGGUGCUCGAAGACUCAUACGACUUUUCGAAACGGUUCAACGCCGACAAAGAGCUUCGAGUGGCGCUCUGGAAGGUGGGAUUUAUGAAGCAGUUGCCUAACCUUCUCAAGCAGGAAUCGUCGUCGGCUGCGACGCUGGUGCAUAUAUUGGUGCGAAUGCACGCGGAUUCGCGAGCGGACCACGUGGUGCUUCAAUCGCAGAUCCGAGAGAAACUUGUUCCGCUCGGCUACAAUAUUGUCUGUGGCUUCCUGCCGCUCGACUCGGAGACACAGGCGAGGAACAUUGCAGCUUGGAGCCCCGUCGUCGCCGAAAUCUUUGCUGGUCUUUGUACCCUGAAUGACGAUACGGACGACAGGGUGUUUACCAAACACAGUGCCGAAUUCUAUGCGUUGGCAGUGGAUCUUUUAAGCAGAGAGCCGCUCCCGGGGGAGAUCGCCGAGUCGUUGAGAGCGUUCUUGUUCAAGGUGGGCGUGACGAGAGGCAUGAUCGAUCCCAUCAAGGAGGAGGAGCGCAAGAGGAAGGUGAGAGAUGGCAAGGAGAAGGAAAAGCUAUUGGGCGAGGGCAUGAGGAGGGUUAGUAUGCAGCAGGUGGAACAUUGA